AUGUUCCCUGCCAGCGGCCUUGCUGCCAGUAUUCUAUCCAAGAGUACCAUCCCAGAUGGCAUUAGCCAGCGCUGCGCCGAUGCGCUUCUUACUGACAUCGCGUGCAGCAAGGCCGUCAAGGCCUUCAUCUGUGAUGAUGCGUGCGCCUCGGCGCUGGCAUCUUACCACGAUGCCGUGAUUUCCAGCUGUGCUUCCGAUAGCUGGACAACCACUGGAGAUGUCGAUGAGCCGGUGGCCAUGAUCAGUGAACUGGUUCGUUAUUCCUACAACCUGACUUGUCUCUCAGAUGAUGGCCGAUUUUGCAAUAACGUCGCCGCAGCAUAUGCAGCAGCAGCGGACCCCGACGGCACCUUGCCAGCGGGAGGCUAUUUUGGAGACCAUGACACCUCAGACCCUUGCGACCUUUGUCUUGUCAAGAAUCUUCAGUUUCAGGCAGAAUCUCCGUACUACAACGGCCCAAGACUGCAGUCCCAGUCCAUCUAUGAAUCGAAGACUGCAAGUUGCGGAGUUAGUAACAUGCCUCUAACGACAAAGACCGUAAGUCUCGUCACCACCAUCACUAGUGUCCCGACGUCGACUCCUACGUGUAUUGGCACCGAGUGGUUGCUUAUAGAUAAUGAUCUAUUUGCUUCGUGCCACAACUUCCCCACCGAGGGCGAUCUCUGUCUCAUUAACACCUGCACGGUCUACACCGUCCUCGAGACGGACACAUGCGCAGCCUCCAUCAACGCUGGGUGUCAGAAUCUGGAUAAAAUGAUUGGCGAUCAGCUUUGUAUUUCCAAGCCUGGUGAACCGUAUGUCUCGCCGGGCUCUACGACGCUUGCACCUUCAGUUCCUACGACAGCCGCUCCACAGCCAACCAAUGUGGCAUCCGGAACCAAUACUUAUUGUGGCCGUUACUAUGAAGCGCAGUUGGGAGAUUACUGUAACCUGCUUAUUAUGAAGUUCUCCAUCUCACUGGCUGACUUCAUAUUCCUCAAUCCCGCAAUCAAUGCGAACUGCACGAAUCUCUACGCUAAAGAGUCUUACUGCGUACAAGCGGUCGGAGACAUCAACACGUACAGUGGCAAGCCUGGGUACACCACCAAUGUGCUGACUCGAACCGCCUCCCUCGAUGACUCCGCUACGACCUUCCCACCUGUUGUAUGGGCAUCACUUACAGCCACAACCACCCAGGUUCCUCUUGUAAGCGGCACCCGUAAAGACUGCUACAGCUACCUUGUCGGCGAUAAGUGGCAACAAGAUCUGAAGGGUACCAACUUGGGAUCUCACUAUAACCUGGUAGCUUCAGUGUGGGAUGUUACGCUCGAGGACUUGCAGGUUUGGAAUCCCAGUCUUGGCAACACAUCAGAUCCUUCGUGCACAUUUGCGAGCGGGGUUCGUUAUUGCGCGCAGUACUAUUAUGGCUUCAAGACGUAUAAGGAGGAGCCGGGUGUGGACCCGGACCUGCCAGACGGGAUGGCUGAGGAUUGUUCUUUGGCAGUCUACGUUGACUCCACCGGCAGCCCAACAUGUCAAGAAAUUCUUGACAGUCGGGAGCUUACGAUUGCGCAGUUUUAUGAGUGGAACCCAAGUGUGGGUGCUGACUGCGGCGGCAUGUGGGCUGGAUACCAAUACUAUGUUCGCACGGAGGAUUACGUGGAGCCAACGCCAACAACCACAUCUAUUACCACAUCAGCAACAGCCACUACAAGUCCUACAGCUCCCGGUCCAACUCAAGACGGCCAACCCACGGACUGUAAUAAGUGGCACGUUGUUGAAGCUGGCGACGAUUGCUCUGUCAUUUACGACACGUACGACAUCACACAAGAGGAGUUCCUGGAAUGGAAUCCAGCAGGCAGCUAUGCGUACUGCAUUGGUGUCGCCUCCUCAGGCACCAUUCCUACCACAACCUCGACGACAGCAACAUCAACUUCGGCGGCGCCAACAGCGACUGGGCCCGUCGCCGCUCCGGAGCCGAACCAGGCUGGCAAUGCGAUAGCAACUUGCAAUAAAUACGGACAGGCGCAGGAUGGGGACUGGUGCUCGCUGUUCGCGGAGAGGUACGCGCUGGCGUACGCUGAUUUCUACUCGUGGAACUCCGUCUUGGGUUCUAAUGGAGAGAACUGUAGGGGCUCAUUCUGGGCAACUUAUUGGUAUUGUAUCGGAGUUGUGGAGUGA